AUGGCUGAUAGUUUGAUCUGCAAUGGACGAUAUUGCGCUACCGACGAAAAUUUCGUGUCGAAUUGCUAUUAUGAUGGAAAAAGUUGUGGAAAUGAUAUGAUAUUCAAAAUUGUCAGUGAAGUUUUUUCUCCACCUGGUAUUAGUUUGGCGAAGUGUAUUUUAGAGUGUAUAUGUGCAAAUGCAGAAUUGACCAAAGUGAAUGGACAAUGUCUUAAAAUCUCGUCUGAGAAAAAUGGCACUCAAUUGCAAAACUCCAAGUGCAAAAAAGAAAAUUGCACUAUUGGCGAAACUAUUGUGGACUAUGGAUGUAAGCGAGCAGAAACGAAAUGUGCGACUAAUAUGAAAUUUAAAAUUAUCUCUAAAUAUAUGAAAUAUACGGAUGGUACUCGUCAUUUAAGGAAAUGUCUAUUACGAUGUGAAUGCGAUAGUGGCAAUUUCAUUGAAAACAGUGGUGAAUGUGUUGAAAAAACAACUGAUCAAAGAAAGUGCAGACAGCAGAAACAUUGCGCUCUUGGAGAAAUUAUUGUAGCCUCCUCAUGUACUCAAAAUGGUAAAAAGUGUGGAACUAAUAUGGUAUUUCAAACUGUCAUGAUACUAAGACCUUUCAGUAGUGCAUCAUGGUUUACAAAUUGCAUAUUGCGCUGUAGUUGUGAGAAUAAUAAUUUCAUUGAGUACAACGGACAAUGCAUAAAAGUAUUUGAUGAGCGAGCCAUAUCAAACAGCGAGUGUGGUAUAGAAAACUGUCAUCUUGGGCAAGUUAUUCAUGAUGCAACGUGUCGACGAAUUGGCUAUAAAUGCGGCGCUAAUAUGGUAUUCAAUUUAGCUACUGAAAGUCUUAUGAAUUCCUGCUUUAUACGAUGUGAAUGUGAAUAUGGAUUUGUCGAAAAGGAUGGCAAAUGUUUAAGGCAUUCGAUCUUUAGAGAGGUAACAACGACAACUGAGGAUUUUAUAGCAUCCGAUUUGCCGAGAAUUAAUGAGAAAUUUUACAAUUCCGAUUGCCGACAAACUCAGUUGGCUUGCGGCAGAAAUAUGAAAAUAAUUUCGAUUUGGAAAAAUCCCGUCGAACAGCAAAACCGAUUUGCUUGCACUCAAUUCUGUGCUUGUAAUGAUGGAUUUGUCGAAAUUAAGGGGCGUUGCAUAAAGCAAUCAUAA